AUGGUGCUCCGUCCGAGCGAUCGCGCUUUGAUGGAGCUAACGGUCAAGGUAUUGGGAGAGAGGAGCGACGAUGCUCUCGCCACGAAGCUAUCGAGUAUCAUACAGUAUCUUCUCGACGCCGAAGCGGCAUCGGCAAAUGGGACUGGCUACAAUACUUCGGCUAGUGAGACAGAUGAUGGGCUGGCGACGGAAUUUGAUGGCCAGUUCAUGGACGCUGAGAAGGCGGUCUUGCAGCUUCACUUGCCGUAUUUUGGCACCAUCAGCCUACAGCGCAGGCUAGCCUCCGAUAUCCCGUUGGCUGAGGAGACGCUGUCUACUCAGGUAGCUGACCAGACACAGUCAUCACUCACGGAGUGGGACAAUCGGUGGUCGUUCCUUGAUUCGUCGAACGAUGCGGGGGCGCUUGAUGACUGGACACUGCAAAGCAUUAACGGAGGUCUUUUCGGGGGACUGCUUGGCGGGCUAGGAGACGUGGAUUUCGACCCUGGUCUGUCUGUAGAUAUAUAG